ACUGCAACAAUUAGAAAAGAAUGAUGGCUGACACUACGUCACAGUGGAGCAAUAAAAAUGGCCGGGGGCAGGGGGAAGAAGUAGUUUGAUUUAUCAUAAAAUAUUGGCCACACACCAGCGCGUUUCUUUAUAAUUUCCUAAGAAAAAGAAAAAGAUAAAAACCUAGUUUUAUAACACCAAAUCUCAAAGAAUUCUAUCCUUUUCUUUCCCGCAGCUGAAAUUUCUUCUCAAUAAUCCGAGUUUCAUUCUCCCUCUUUUUAUAAUAAAUUUUGAAAAAGCUUCGACAAGAGGCAACGUUUACGUAUUUAAGAUAUUAUUUAUAGGCCUUAUUUUAAUGAAAUUACAAUGUGUUUAUUAAAAAAUAUUAUUUGUAGAAAACAGUUUAAAUUAAAGAAACGUUCUGUACUUGCACGUUAUUGCGAGUGGUACAUCUUAUAUUCUAUUAUAGGCGUUCUCGCAAAGUCACCAAUAGCUGGAGUAGCUUAUGCACCCUCUAAUUUUAGCAUAAUUUUAUCUGCUUUUGGAUCGACGAACGAACAUAUUUUCAAAUUAAUAGGAAAUUAUAAAUCUGAGGUAAAUAAUUGGGUGCCUCAAUAAAUAUAUGUAAUUAGGCAAAUAACUGGACAUAUUGUUUAAGAUUUUUCAGAAAAUGUUUCCCUUCAGUAAUGAUUUUUCUAAAGAGGGUUUUGUAUUCUUGACAACCUGUGCCCAACCGAAAAGUAGGGGCUACAUCAUACUGAAAUCGAAUAAUUAUAAGACCGCCCCAAUAAUUAAUCCGAAUUAUUUGGAACAUAAAUAUGACAUCGAGUGUACAAAAAAAGCUGUAAAAGUGUUGAAGAAACUAAUUGAUACGAAACCAUUUCAAAAAAUUGGGGCCAAAAUCCACUGGCCGUAUAUUGAAGAAUGCAGUCAGUGGAGGGAUGAACAAGGAAACAAUACAGAAAAUUUCUUGGAAUGUUUAAUACGAUUUUGUUCAAUGACUGGGUAUCAUCCUGCUGGAACGUGUGCAAUGGGGGGCCAAAACGAUUCAAAUGCUGUACUUGAUAGCUUUUUUAGGGUGAACAGUAUUAAGAAUCUGCGCAUAGUUGAUGGUAGUGUUUUGCCCACACCAGUUUCUACAUUUCCAAACUCAAUAAUUGCUGCCCUUGCAGAUUAUGCAUCCGAAAUUAUACAAUUAACGUAUCCAGAAAGCGAAUGAUUUCUUCAAUUAUUAUUGUCACAAAACGAUUUUUGUUUAAAUAUUUUACUAUUUAUGUAUCCAUACCAUUUUCCUUUUUAAUUGUAAUAUGAAGAAGUAACAGCUGAUAGGGUGAACAGGUUUCUAUAACAUUUGGUGUUGCAAUGAAUCAUAAAUCUUAUUCAUCUUAUCAGCUCUGAUUUCCACAUACAUAAAUUAUAAUGUCAACCGCUAAAUACUUUUUUUUAUCCGACAUGAGUUGCGAAUUAAAAUUUAAUAUGAAAGAUUUUGAUACAAACAUUCUUUAAAGAAAUAUAAACCAUUUAUUUUUUAUGUAACGCAUUAUAAAAUGUUAUCUCUUAAUUAAAUAGUAAUAAAAUCCAUUAUAACAAAAACUUAUUGUCCACAUCACGUCAUGUUGUUAUAAAAACGUUUUUCGUU